AAGAACUGAAGGUGAGAAUUCAAGUACCAGGCAAAGGAAGUUCCGGGCUGGUUUCAAAGACUGAAAGGUACACGGUUCAAGCGCCGCCAAAUUCAUCACAUCUAAGAUGCUUACGUGACUGCGGUGCUGGUGGCCCCUCCCGCCGUGCUCCUGCAGAUAGCCCCGCCCAACCAAGGCCUCCAGAAGAGGUAGCCAAUCAGCAGCCGGCCUGGCCCGGGGUCACUGACCUGGAGUCUCCGACACCUAGGCUGACCACCAGUUUCCAAUGAGCGAGCUACCCCCGCUGCCAUCCAUGAUCAGCCGCCUUACGUCCCGUGCCUUUCGCGGCCCGCAGCGUUUCCGCAGCGUACGCUUUACCCUUGCCGGUUGGAGCUCUGCCAGCCAAUCAUUGGCGUAUCCCGACCAGACGGCCAAUGGCUGCCCGCCUCCGCGCGCCGGGCUCGCGACAGUUGCAGCUGUGCGCCUUGCAGCUCGCGGGAAACGGAGAUGGAUUGGCGCAAGCAGGAGCCAAUGGGCGGUGCGCGCGAGGAGCGGGUCCAAUGAGCGUCCCAGAGGCGGGGCGGGCGCCGCGGCGGGCGGCUGUGAGGAUCGGCCGGUAGUGGCGGUGGCGCCGGUGGGUGGCUGCAGCGGUCAGCGGUCGACCAUGGCGGAGGCAGAGGCCGGCGGCGACGAAGCCCGCUGCGUGCGACUGAGUGCCGAGCGGGCCAAGGUGCUGCUGGCCGAUGUGGACACGCUGCUGUUCGACUGCGAUGGUGUGCUGUGGCGCGGUGAGACGGCUGUGCCGGGGGCGCCGGAGACUCUACGGGCGCUGCGGGCCCGCGGCAAGCGACUGGGCUUCAUCACCAACAACAGCAGCAAGACUCGCACGGCCUACGCGGAGAAGCUAAGGCGCUUGGGUUUCGGCGGUCCGGUGGGGCCCGACGCGGGCCUCGAGGUCUUCGGCACGGCCUACUGCAGCGCGCUCUAUCUGCGCCAGCGCCUGGCCGGCGUGCCGGACCCCAAGGCCUACGUGCUGGGCAGUCCGGCCUUAGCCGCCGAGCUGGAGGCCGUGGGUGUCGCCAGUGUGGGUGUGGGUCCGGAGGCGUUGUGCGGCGAAGGCCCGAGCGACUGGCUGGCGGUGCCGCUCGAACCCGGCGUGCGCGCGGUAGUGGUGGGCUUCGACCCACACUUCAGCUACAUGAAACUCACCAAGGCCGUGCGGUACCUGCAGCAGCCCGACUGCCUGCUCGUGGGCACCAACAUGGACAACCGGCUCCCGCUAGAGAACGGCCGUUUCAUUGCGGGUACCGGCUGUCUGGUGCGAGCCGUGGAGAUGGCCACCCAGCGCCAGGCGGAUAUCAUCGGGAAGCCUAGCCGCUUCAUCUUCGACUGCGUGUCCCAAGAGUAUGGUAUCAACCCGGAGCGCACCGUUAUGGUGGGAGACCGCCUGGACACAGACAUCCUUCUGGGCGCCACCUGUAGCCUGAAGACUAUCCUGACCCUCACCGGAGUCUCCACUCUUGAGGAUGUGAAGAUUAAUCAGGAAAGUGACUGCAUGUACAAGAAGAAAAUGGUCCCUGACUUUUAUGUUGACAGUAUAGCCGACCUUUUGCCUGCCCUUCAAGGUUAAAGAUUUAGUGUCUUUAAUCUCUGGAAUAAAAAAAUGAAAAUCAGUUACCUAAAUUAAUAGGUGGGGCUCAGUUAGGUGGCUGCAGGUUAAUUGGAGUUAAGCAAAGGCAGUAGUUAACCUUGUACGUAAACGUUGGGGGGUGCUGUUUACAGAUGAUUAUAUUUUAAGAUGCACUUUUAAACUUGGAAGGCAUUAUGGGGUGGGCCAUGGGCUUUGUAUGUGUUUACAGGGAUGGGCAUAGCAUCUGCCCAGGAUUCAGGUAACCUUAGGCCCUGUUGAUGAGCCUGAAGUGGGUCAAGGGUUGUGUGUCAUGCUUUUUACUGAAAAGAUGUAUUCAGGGAUCAGACCCUCGGUUGGGCUCGAGGAAAGGAAGGGCUGUUACGAGACACUUGUGCAGACCAAAACCCAGGGUUUCCCCCGGUGUGAUCAUACAGCAGAGAAGCCUGCUAUGUGUUCCUUACCUAUAGGGUAUGAGUGGAGGAGGCCACUCCCAGGUGGGAUUUCUGUUGUUGGGGUUUAGAAUACUGCCCUUGACAACUUCCACUCAUCCCGCUUCCUUGAAAGCCACUUUGAUGUCACAAUUGUCUGUUCUGUUUCAGAUGCCCAGCACUACAGCCCCUCAUGCACACCAACAGCCUAGAUAAACUUGGGCUUCCUUGUGUGAAUUGAAACCUAUGUGUUUCACUGAGUGGUCUGCUGAGCAGCAGAGUGGGUAUGAACUCCAUACUGCUGUACAGGGACCUUAGAACAGUGUUUAUUUAAAAAAAAAUCUUAAAACUACUGAACAAAAUUGUCAAGUGUGGAAUUGGAACUUUAAAGGGUAUGGAUUUAUAGCUGUGCUGUCUUAAGGAUAAACCCUACGGAAGAAACCCAUUGCUCCUGUCAGCAGUAUAGCCAAUGUGCAAGCUAAGGAUUGCCUUGUUUCCCAGAGUACCCUCUGGGUAUGGAAGGAAAGAGGAGUCCUGAAAAUAAUUGUUUCUAACAACACAUCUAACCUCCCUUGCCUAUGUCCUUUGCAUUUGUGGCUGGGUCAUAUGUUGGUGCUCCAUGAAGCCAUCUAUUUCCAUCCUGGACUUCCUUGUUGGUGGCCAGACGGAAGGUCCACCCUGCCAAACAGUUGGCUUCUAAGCAUCUCUGGCGUUUUGCUCUGCUCUGACCUUUAGCAGCAGUAUUCAUGGGUCAAAACCAGGAAGCUAUUGCUUUUAGCUGACUCCUUCCUUCCUGGCACCUUGCCCUGUACCAAGUGGCUACUCUUGUGGUCGCAGCACUUCACCUGUUCAGAUUCUCAGAGCAAUAAAAUGUAUCCCAUGCCUGAAGCUGCUCCCAGGCCAGGGGUAGCUGGGAGUGGAAUGGUGCCAUAAUUCACCAUGAAGGUGGCAGUGCCUGUGACACUGGUGAUGUUGAUCCUCUGAGUCUGGAUAAUGAACAGACCUGUUUUGGCACUAUCACCCACAUAGGAGUACUUUGCAGUUGCAGCAGCAAGGGAUGCCCCCUCUUCUACCGGGCAGUAGCCCGAGAACCUGUGUGUUACAUUUCCAGCUUGUUUGAUUGUGUGAACUCAAAUGCACAUUAAACUCUCAAACCACA